AAAUCACGGCCGAGCGCUCCGGUAGUUUAAUAAAAUCUGGCAAGCAGUCGCGUCUAAAAAAGGGCGUGAGUGGGUGCCAAAUUAAACGAGCCGCAAUUAAGACACUUGAAACAAUAGCACAAACUAUCCGCGGAAUUUUGAACCACUCCAGUUUAAGAAACCUAAUAUUCUUGUACAAAGUUGGAGUUACUUGUGCAAACUAACAAAAAAAAAGUUUUUUCAGGAUAUUUAAGAGAAGAUGGACGAAGAUAUGGAGCAAGAUGUUAGAAAGGUUCCCCCACUUCUGAAGAUCAGAGACAUCUAUCUGUUGGACGACACUCUGACCUUGUGGCGACCUUCCCAUGAUGCACGUCAGUACUAUCUCAUCUCCGGAACUUUAAAAACUGACCAACUUUCACCAGUCCUGCAGACGUACUACACAAAAUUUGAUUGCGUCACAAGCAUUCUUACGUUUGACGAUGCUGUACCAAUUUUUGCGAGCCAAAGCACAACUUUGCAGGCUACGGAUGACUACAGUGUGCUCAGAGACUAUCACAUGAUACGAGGACUCUGGUUCAAACCCGACUUGGAAGAACGCCUCGGACCUGAAGAGCAAACGUCGCUUGGUAACAUCAAACUAGCUAUACCCCUUUCACAUGACGAGAAGGAAAGUAUAUUCACAAAUAUGAAUAUUUAUUUUCUAGAAGUUUUAGAUUACCCCGCAGAAGACAAAUCAGUGUCGAGACUUUUAAUUACUAAGACAGUGCACGAGGAAUUUGAGAAAUAUGACAUAUUUAAACCUGGAGGACCUGUGCAUAUGGUUAAAAAUCAGGAUGAAACAGAUGCAGAGUUAGAGAUAUAUUAUCUGCGUGAGUGCUUCAACUACGCAGGCCGGAAAUGGCGUCAUGAGGUCGAGUUCAUGUUGGAGGAAGAUCCGUGGCCAAUGUGUAAAAUAAUCCCUGUGAACAACUACUGCAGGAAACGUCCAAGGAUCACUGUUAUACGAGAUAUCAGCUCGAGUCUCCCAUGCCGGUACAUGGGUGCAACAUGGCGGGACACGUUGGCGGGGUUGUUCGUCUGGUCAUUGAGAACGUAUCUCGUCUGGUUAGUCUUUGAACGCUUACAUGACAAAGUCAAGCACGCGCUGAACUUGGCAACCACUCAUGUCAACAUCAAGGACAUUAUUCACACAGAAUGUCCAAUGGUGUGUAGGGACAUGUUUCAAACGUACGAUUCGCUGUCAACUUUUAUUGCCAAAUGUGAAAACGAACAGGAUCUCCGAGAUCUCUUAGGUAUAUUCCUUUCUCUCCACUGCUGCGAAAACGGAAAUUGUUCCCUGGUUUCUCUGAAGUCAUUGAACGCUGCGCAGGUGCUUCCUGGGAUAUUGUAUCUGCUGGAAAAAACGAUCGCGUGCGCAUCUCCGCAGUUCCGGUACGAGAUCACGUCAACCGUCAUGCCCUGGUCUAUCAUGGGAUACUAUUGUUCCGACCUAAAGAUAAAAAGUCACCGCAAAAUGGUGAUUUUUAUAAGUCAACUGCCGGGAAUCAACACAGACCUUGAGGGAAGACCUGGUUCCCCGAUGUCAAACGGGGCUUUUAGUUCGGGAUACAGCAGUGCAGCCGUCACACCAAGGUCACUGUAUGGAAGUCCGUUUAGGAAACGAUCCUAUUCCAGGAGUUCACAGCAUUCUUCAGUUUCAAGUACAGACUUUCCAAUGUCGCCAUAAUGCGGAAAUGACGUAUUUAUUACUAAAACACAAUUAUCUAGCCCGCAUAAAGAAUAUUAACAUAUCAAAUGAAGAAAAAAGACAGUGGAUAUUGAUUAGAAUAUCGGAAUCGGAAUACAUUGUCGCUAAAAUGGCAAAAAAAAAUAAGAAGACAAAUCGCAUUCGUUGUCACAUAUUGAUAAUCGCUUUUGAAACUUUUACAUGAAUGAGGUAGUACAUCACAGUAUGUAAUUACGUUUCAAUAAACUUAUCCAGCAGAUGCCCAUGAAACAUUCUUUACUGAGGUUCAAAAGAGAUUGUGAACUUGGCCUUUAAUUAACGUGACAUGAUAAAAACUGAUUAAUUUCAAAGGAUGUACACAGCAUUUUUGGUAUAAUUUCUUCAACGUUCGGUUGACAGUUCUAUAAAAGCCGGCACUACAAAUUUUACCAAAAGCCAACAAGUUAUUAUAUACAAUGUAUAUUUAAUGACGUGCGUUCAUUUGCCAGUAGCUUAAGUAUCAGUUGAAUUUCUGUAAUUUCAAGUCGAAGGCGCCCGUCCUAAAUUUUACUGAAACGCAAGGGGAAAAUAUGCAUACAUGUUUCUUGGACCAUU